GGUGGAAAGUAACUAAGUCAACAAGUACUGUAGGCUAUAAGUACAGAUUUGAGGUGCUUGUAAUUUACAUGAGUGUUUCCUUUUUCUUCUACAUUAAGUAUGAUGCACUGUUAUAGAUUAAACUAGUCAGGAUAUAAAUUAGCUAAAUGCAUCAGUAGUAAUAAUCCACAUUUUGAAGAGGCUAUAUACCACUUUAACACACUGAAAGCAUCUAUUCUGAGUACUUUUAGUUUGGAUACUUUGAGUACAUAUUGCUGAUAAUAAUUCUGUACUCAAGUAAAAUUUUUAAUGCAAUAUUUUUACAGUGAGGUAUUUACUUACUUUCACUUAAGUAAAAGCAUCUGAAUACUAAUGCAUUUCAUUCAAGUAUCUGACAGCUACAGAAUAAGGUUUUACAUGAAAAACAUAAGUUCAUAUAAUGCAUUGUUAGGGUCAGGCCACCUAUAAUAUGACAACUUGUUAAAGGUGGGCCUAAAUUUUUACUAAUGCUUAUGUACUUUAUGUGGGUGCAAUUUUGAAUGUAGGACUUUGAGUAUUUUUUCAGAUUUGGGUACUUUCGCUUUUUUGAAAAGUCGGGGGAGAUUAAAAAUAGUUCAAAUGGAAGCAGCAGAGCCUGAGAUAUCCUGACUUUUUGUCUUAGGUCAAGCACCCAAAACACUGGACUCUACAUUUCCCAUAAUACAGAUCAAUCAUAUCUAUUAAACUCAGACAUCGUGAGGGUUAUUUUUUCAGACUUUAGAAAGCUCCAUCUAGAGCCACAGAAGACAUUAUGCAACUGUUUUUACAGGCUAAAUAGUUCUCUCUGUCAUGUGUCUGAAUGAGGCUGACUCAUUGAUAGAUACGCAGUCCACAGGCUGUUGAUGCUCUUGCUUGAUAGCAACCACAUGCACACAUCAACAGAGUGGGCAUUAAAGCUCAAGAGGUCACAGCUCCUCUGCACUGUAUAUAUCCUCUGAAACCACACCGCUGUGCACAAGGCCGCACGAGUUUGCAGGAGAUGGAGAUGGUGAAGAUGAAAGGAAAGGAGAGGAGAGAGGAAGUCAGCUUGAAGAGGGUGAACCACAGAUGCUGCCAAGAAGUGAUGAAACUGAUGUCAAGGUGCACAGACUGAAACAAGACUCGGAAAUGAAAAGAGAGGUAAUGUGAGAGAGGGAGCUUGUAGUAAAACAUGAAAUCUUUUGCUAUAGCUGUAUUGUAGCAGGGUUAGCACCUGAAACUGUGGGAACCCCCUAAUCUGAGAUGUUUCGCUGCGUUGGGCCUGCAACACUUGCAAAAGCAAGACCACCCACCGACCUUCACUCCCCUCUACUUCACUCACCGCCCCUACUUUAAAGGGGAGACAGGCAGAAGUAGGAAGGUAACGAGCAGAGUAGAAAGAGGAAGCAGCAUUUAUAGCUAAGUACCAACCUCAGCUUCAGCACUUCUCUGUUUUUUAUAACCAGAUAAUGAUGUGCUUGGAAGAACAUUUCCCACUUGGAUUGGCUGUGACUGGAAGAUGACGGGAGGUUUUCUGAGUGUUCCCAUCAUGAGGCCUAACCACUGCUGGACCAUCCUGCAUGUGUCCAUCCUGGCAAUGCUGCUUCUCACCUUAAACGCUGACAGUGAAGAUUCAAAAUGUGAAGUUGAAAUUAGAGUACGUCGCAACACGGUUUAUGAAGCUUUCCUUGGGGACGACCUUAGGAUUAACUGCACAGUUCUUUUCUGCAACAAUUCACCACCGGCGACCUACUGGUAUAAACUUGAGAAAACUAAUGUCAAUGUCAAUGUCAGCGGCAGCAGUCACAUUAAAACUGAGUGGAAAACUUUAAACCAUGUAGAAGGGAUAUCGUAUUUGAUCUUCCAAAACAUUCUCACAAACGACUCAGGUGUGUAUCGGUGUCGAAGUGGUCACAGUGUGAGUCAUAGCAUCAACAUCUCUGUCGAUGGUGAAGAUUCAAAAUGUGAAGUUGAAAUUACAGUACGUCGCAACACGGUUUAUGAAGCUUUCCUUGGGGACGACCUUGGGAUUCACUGCACAGUUCUUUUCUGCAACAAUUCACCACCGACAAUCUCCUGGUAUAAACUUGAGAAAACUAAUGUCCCUGUCAAUGUCAGCGGCAGCAGUCACAUUAAAACUGAGUGGAAAACUUUAAACCAUGUAGAAGGGAUAUCGUAUUUGAUCUUCCAAAACAUUCUCACAAGCGACUCAGGUGUGUAUUACUGUCGAAGUGGUCACAGUGUGAGUCAUAGCAUCAACGUCUCUGUCGAUGGUGAAGAUUCAAAAUGUGAAGUUGAAAUUAGAGUACGUCGCAACACGGUUUAUGAAGCUUUCCUUGGGGACGACCUUAGGAUUAACUGCACAGUUCUUUUCUGCAACAAUUCACCACCGACAAUCUCCUGGUAUAAACUUGAGAAAACUAAUGUCAAUGUCAAUGUCAGCGGCAGCAGUCACAUUAAAACUGAGUGGAAAACUUUAAACCAUGUAGAAGGGAUAUCGUAUUUGAUCUUCCAAAACAUUCUCACAAGCGACUCAGGUGUGUAUUACUGUCAAAGUGGUCACAGUGUGGGUCAUAGCAUCAACGUCUCUGUCGAUGUAGGCGAACGUGAUGACGAGCAUACCAAUGUUACACAGAAGAAUUCCACAAGUGAUUUCGAGCUCACCACAGUUACAUGGACAACUUCAGAACCGGAAAGCUCAACAAUUCAGCACACUGUCUGGCUAUACCGUGUUGUUGGAAUCAUGGUGUUUGUCAUAAUAGUGAUAAUUAUAUGUGUUGCAUCAAAAUCUGGGUGUAAAGGUGUCUGUUGUGCAGGAGAAUCCAGGAACACACCAGAUCCGAGCUGCCAGCCCUCCCAUGAUGCCUGGUCUACCAUUCAUAUCUAUGAAAACGAUCAUUAGUCCCUAUGUGUCUUGAAAUCAGUCUGCUAAAUUCAAUCUUAAGAUAUUAGGACCAUGAUUAAUAUCAAAACGGUUCAUAGUAUUCAUUUUGUAACCUGUAACUUGUAUGUUAUUUAUUCACAUUUUUACGGAUUUGUGUGUCAAAUUAGUUUAUCAAUGCCAGGCUUGGUUAUUAUGGUUUGUAUUUUUAUGAAAUAUGCUUUGGGAAAUAUUGAUUGGGCUUUCAUGGUUUUAAAAUAAUCCAAAAUAUGAUCAAUUUCUUUAUAAUGGUGUGUUUACUGACGUGAAUAGCGGUGGAUCUUACUGUUGACUCCGUUUUGUGCUUUUGAAUUCCUGUAAAUCGAGCUGUAUUAAUACAGAAGUGAAAUUUCAUAUGUGAGAAACCGCUGUUGUUGAGACUUACUGAGGCAUGAGUGUGUGUGUGGGGGUGUGUCUGCAGAAUGUAACACAUUUACAGGUUUAAUAGUUUUGCUUCCUGUACAGGUAACAAUUGUUGUACACACAUCCGGUGCAGACUUUUUAAACUUUGAUUGUCUGUUUAUCUAUAUUGGUGUGUGUUUGUGCUCACACUUUUGUUCUCUAUGCUCUUUUGAUGUUGAUUGAAGCAGCUUUUCUUCUUGGGUACAGAAUCAGUUGUGCAUUUGGAAGCAGACAGACUGUCGACUGACGAACAGGAAGCAGAAUUAAACCACAUGUCACAUAAACAUAUGUAAAGACAAAGACUGGAAGUUGUGUUACAGUAAAGAAUAUAUAUGAUAAACUUACCCCUCUACUUACCAUCAGACUCAAGCUCAGAUUUCACCCAACUGUUAAAGGAAUGAUGUUUCCAAAAAUUGUAUUUCUAAAUGUUACCUUUGGACAUAAAUCCUAACCCUUUAGAUUCACAAAAAAAUUCUAAUGUGCACAAAUAGAUAAAUGACAACCAGUCAACAUGUUAAGUCUAAAACAAAAGUAAUAGUUAGCUGACCACAUGGUUAGUCUACAGCCAUGCUAGCGGCUACGUGAGGCUAUGGGGUGUACUCAGGCAAAGCACUGCUUUGAGCUAAAUGCUAACACAUCUAUUAGUUUAGUGUGUUAGCAUGCUAACAUUUGAAAAUUAGAACUAACCACAAACUACAGCUGAGAAUGAUGGGAAUGUCAUUAGUUGUGAAGGUAUUUUGUGAAGUAUUGGACAAGUAAACAUUUUGACCUGAUGACGGCGCUAGGGGAUCACCAAACUUAUUAGAAGUCAUACUGAGGGGGGCAUGAAUGUGUGCACCAAAUUUCAUGACAAUCCAUCCAAAUAUUAAGACAUUUUACAUUAGGAUACAUCAUCUGGGAGCUGUAAAUGACAAUGUUUUUUUGCCAAUCCAUCAAGUAGAUGUUGAGGACAAGUGAAAACUUGUCCUCAACAUGACCUGCUGGUGGCGCUAGAGGAAAAGUCAGGGGAUCACCAAAGAUUCAUCCUCUGAGGCUAUGAAUGUCUGCACAAAAUUUCAUGGAAAUCUAUUUAAAAGAUAUUAAAAUAUUUCAGUCUGGACCAAAGUGGUGCACCAAGCGACCCACACUGCCAUGCUAGCAUACUAUACCGCAUUUUGAAAUGUUAGCUUUGGAGUUGAAAUUUUUUUUGAAAUAAGUCCUUAUCUAUAAUGUUUAUGGAGGAAUUUGAUGGGUCUCAGUAGAUAAAUAACAACCAGGCUACAAAACAACAACAAAAUGCUAAACAGCUAGCUUUCUACUAGCAGGCUAAUUUAGCAAAACCAUUAAUGUGUUUAGCCUUAAACAAGGGUGAAUGUUAGCUGACAUGAUUAGCAAAAAUGUGUGCAAAAUUGAUCACAUUAUUUACUGACAAGCACAACAGUAGCACUUUAACCAUGCACUGUAUAUUAAACUCUGUUAUGUCUGCUGAGUUUGAAAAUGAAAAUGCAAAACAAGGAAGGCAGGUAAAACACCAGUGACACUGAAGUCUGCAUUUUAAUAUUGGCAUAUGUACACUAUGGUGUCUUGACUUUUGCACACAUUAUAUGAAAAUCACAAUACACUCGCCAAAUUUCAUUUUCAUCCAGUUUUUUAUUUGUCAAUUAUUUGUUUAAUGCUGUGACCUUUUCUAUUCUGUGAUUUCAACACAUACGUCACUGAAACUAGUCCAAGGUGCUAAUAAAUGAAUGUAAAUCCUAACAAGACGCCUGCCAUAUUUCAAUACGAGUCACCUUUAACAUACAGCUGUUGUGUAGACCAGACAGUCAGGGGGAAAACCUUCUUAUUGUUCUAUUUUAGCUCAUCACAAGAUCAACUCUCUCCCAACCUGAAUCCAGGAAAUGACACCUUUCAGUUCAGACUGAAACCAGCUACAAACUUGACAAAAAGAUCUCCAGGGGCCUCCUUGUGUAUAAUUUGAUUCAAUUCGAAAGGUCAUGAAGCAUUUAAUUUCUACAAUAAGAACCACAUCCAAAAAUGACUUUUAUAGACAAUGAAAAAACAUCAUUUGUCACAUAUCAAAAUAUGGUGGAAUGUAAAUUAAUAUACAAGAACAAAGCUGGUAAUAAUGAGGAUUAUUGGAAAAUUAAACAUAAUUUUUAGGAUCAUGCAGAACAAAGUGGAGCCACAAUGCAUAGAGAGUCUCUCAGAACAUAAGACAUUUUACUUUUAGAGAGUGGACCAAAUGCUGUAUCUUCCAUAGGUGAUAAGUUUGACAUCUGCAUGCAUUGACAUGACAUUUCUAUUUAUAAUGAACACUAAAUGAGCAGCUGUUUAGCAUCUAGAUUUUAAUGAAGAGUGUAAACUUGUGUUUUUGUAGCAACAAAGCUGUAACCACAUUGAUAAUGUUUUGUAGACUUUUAUCAUCAUGGAUUAAGCAACAGAAAGCUGUGUCAAAGGAAAGUAGUUUACAGAUGUAAUGAGGCUACAGAGUGCAAUAGAUUGCUGGUUAAAUGGCCAAAAACACAAUUCAAAACUGAUUUGUAGAAUUUGUGGAGAGCGCAGCAGUGAUAGAAAGGAGUUGGACGUACAGAGCAGACAUGAAGCACGUGGAGCAGCGUGGCCCGUGGGAUGUGCUACCCAUGUGGUUUUGAAAGCGCUAAAAGCUGACGUACAUUGCCUGCACAAUCUGGCACAGGCACUCACUCAGUCACACACACACACACACACACACACACACACACACACACACACACACUUGCACAAACAUAGAUGCACCCCACCCAACAUGCUUCAUCGCCCACCAUCCACCAUGUGACACAUGCAGGUAGCGAGGCUCAUUACCCCUUUACAGUAUAAACAAGGAAGUAUACAAACUUUGUGUAUGAGGCUGUUUUCACCUGUUAUUAGAUAUUAACAUCUUUCACACCCAUGCUAGUUUCUUUAUUAUGUUAUUUUGGAAGUACAGUGGAAGUGGAGAAAUUGUGCACAAAAAGUAUGAAUUAAGGCUGGAUGGGACAAGGGAAAAACUUGAGAACUCUCACUUUAAAACAAGUUAAACAUGGUUGCCAUCUAGUGGUGUAAAGGCAAAACUCAGGAUUCUGAAAUUACAUCUUAUCUUGGUGAUAACAGGUUGUAGACAGAUCAACAGAACCCUUUAAAAAUCUUUAGUGAUUACUGAAAUCAUUAUUUCCUAUCAGUGUGACUCCAUAAACCGUGAAAGCCACAGAGGGACCAAAAUAAAAACACACUAGUGAUUUUAUUGUGAAGUCCACGCAAGAUUAGCACACAGUUUCCUCAAACCUCUAUGUUUUCAUUAAUAGUCAAAUUAUUUGCUUUAAUGAGAUCAGUAUCACUGAUAAUAAUCAAAAUGCCACUCAGUGCCUUCAAGUAACAAAGGAACUAUUUAGGCUAUACCCUUUCCUGUCUUUGUGAGGUUUGUGGAAACUGUAAGGAAAAACAAUGUCUCUAUUUACAUGAAAGAUGUUUGGAGAAAACGUUACAAUGUCCCAUUCAGACUGCAGUGCUCAUUUCCAAAACAGGAUUAAUUCAGUUUGAGAAAAAGUCAAGAAAACGGAUCAAUUUCUGAGACAAAGAAUUAGGUCACCACUCUUAAUUGAACACAAUUCGUUUAUGUUUUUAAUAAGAGCAAAUGUUAUUCUUGCAAAGUAUGCCUUAUUUUGGACAACUUAGUGAGUUCUUAAGCCUCUGGGUAGACUUGAAAGCUCCUUAAGCAGCAUACUGUACACUGACAGAAGUAUUUUUUUUCACACAAUUUAACUGUCACUAUUUAGGUUGGUUUGUUCAGGUUUGCAUUCAUACUAGCCUACCACUGAGUGUCAUAAGCUGGACAUUCACACUAUUUAUCACUUAGCUUUAGCUUUUUCCCAAUUUAUCUAAUGUUGUUAGCUAUAUAUUUCAACCACUUGUCCAUUACUUUUAGCUAACUGUUCAGACUUCUCUGCUCACUUGCUAACUACAGUGGUUUUCAUGCUAUCUCAGUUAGUGUCCAGGAGUUAAAGCAAACUGGGCAUUAAGUAUGCUGAUAUAGUACUACUGCUCAGUAGGCAUGCAUGGUUCUGUAAUUAGUGAAAGUAAACUGAAACGAAUUCUUAGAUCAAGAGGUCUCUCCAGAAGAAAGCAGUACGGGAAUCUGCAGGAUCAGAGGGGUUUCACUGAGGAAAAGGAGACGUCUCCAGGGGUGGAAUUACAGAUGUGCAACUGAAUCCACCUCAUAAAGCUAAAGUGCUGUUUUUGUAUGAGUCAAAAAAAAGCAACAGACAAGAAGGCGACUGAAAUGCUGCUGUGGUUCUGUCACAGAAAGAGCAGACAUCAUAUAAGGUGAGGUCCAUAAACUGUGCUAAAUGCAUUAACUUGAGAAUCUCCACACUACCUUCCACUACAAAUAGCAAACUGAUUAUGUGUAUAUGUUUUUUAAAAUCAAAUUGUGAUUUAAUUUUUUUGUUUCACAUUAGUUGAGCUAAUGCUUCUCCACAGUCUUAUACCCCUCGGCAACAGCAGACGUACCCCUGGUUGGGAAUCACUUACACCAACAGGUUUCUAAAAUCAUUCAAGGAACAUUAAAGCCAUUGCAUCCUUCAGACAAAGGUUGAACUCAUGGCGUGCUUUAAUGUUAUAUAUGCCAAUAAUUAUUAUUUUGGUGUGAAACUCAAUUCAUCCAUGACUCACAACUGACUCACUCAUAAAAAUAAUACCUGAAACAACAAAUGUUUGAGGCUUUUUUAAGCUUUAAAUAUUUGCAUUGGUUAGUCAUAGAUCGUUUAAAAAAAGCACAACACGGCUGUUAUGCCACUUGCAGGGUCUGAGAGUGAAAUAGUAAAGUCACUGGAGUGGGCUGUGGAGGAAAUGAGUUUCCUAUUGUGUAAGUUUCUGGUGAGGUUGCUGUACCUCCCACAGUCUUCAUACAUCACAACCCAACAAUGUCAAAAGAAUUUGGAGAGUUCAGUUACUUUGAGGUAUUAUUUGUAAGAAAGCAUCUGAUUUUCUUACUCAAUAUCUCCAAAAUGCAGACAAUAAAAAUAAGAAGUGAAACAAAGUCUCAGGUUUUAUUUCUGAUCCACUUUUAACUUCAGAUUUAUGCAGCACCAGUACAGGAAACUAUUUAUCAACUCUUACAGAUACUAAAAAGGUGAAUGCU